AUGACUGAUCUAUAUCAUGGAAAUUCACCUGAACACUUUUUGAGUACUUGUGGAAGCGACAAUUUUGAUUCUAUUGUAGCUAACUCAAUCUCAGAUAAAAACUGCACCCUUAAAGCCAAGCAAAUGUCAUAGAGCUCUUUGUCAUCUGUCUCAACUUCAUCAUCUUCCUUAUCACAAUCUUCAAUUAUUGCUUAAAAGCCUUUAAACGCUGCUAAAUAUUAGCAAAUUAUUGAACAAUUUGACAAGCUAGAGAACAGCAAUAAAUCUAAAUCAAGUUCUAAAAGCUCUAUUUCAUCUUCUUAAAUUUCUUAAAAGAAGAUUAAUGUUAUUAAAUUGACUGAUUGGGUAGUCAACGACCUUUGGAAGGAUGCCUUUGAGCUCUACUAAUUGUAGAAUGAAGACGCUGAAUACCUUGAGAAUUGCUCCUUUUAUUUAGAAGAAAACAAGCGCAUUAAAAUCUCAUUUGCUUCUUAUGUUAAAAGACUUAAAGAACUAACUGAAUGUUCUGAUAAUUGUUUCAUUCUUGCCUUGUUACUCUUCGAUAGACUAAACAAGAAGAAGAAAUUAAACUAUAGUCGCAUCAAUGUUCACAAACUUAUGGCCAUAUGCCUUUGGUUGAGUGUCAAGUUCUAUGAAGACAUCAAUUUCACUGAUGCUUACUAUGCACAAAAGAUUGCUGGUAUUCCUCUUGAGGAGCUCAUUUCUCUUUAAUUCGAACUUCUCGAGCUUUUGAAUUAUAGAUUAUUCAUUUCACCUCAAAGAUUCAACCACUUCAUGAAGCUCAUCAACUCUCUCAUUCAAUCUGGAGCUGUUAAUGCUUGA